AUGGCAGAAGCAUCUAGUUUGGUAGGAAAGCUUGAGACAGAAGUGGAGAUCAAAGCUUCGGCUGAAAAGUUCCAUCACAUGUUUGCCGAGAAACCACACCAUGUCUCCAAGGCAACCCCAGGAAAAAUUCAUGGAUGUGAGCUGCACGAAGGCGACUGGGGCAAAGUCGGCUCUAUAGUCAUCUGGAAAUACGUUCAUGAUGGAAAUGUAGCAGAGGGGAAGAAUCGGAUAGAGGCGGUUGAUACAGAGAAGAACCUGAUAACGUUCAAGGUUAUAGGAGGUGAGCUAAUGAAAGAGUACAAGAGCUUUGCAUUCACAAUCCAGGUGACCCCUAAGCAAGGAGGACCAGGGAGUGUUGUACACUGGCACCUUGAGUAUGAGAAAAUUAGCGAGGAGGUUGCUCAUCCGGAAACUCUCCUCCAGUUCUGUGUCGAUAUCUCCAAAGAGAUCGACGAACAUCUCUUGUCCGAGGAAUAG